AUGAAGAAUGUCUUAGACAGCCUUGUUGGAACUUACUUGCGGAAAACAGGAAACGAGUAUAGGGUUAUCCAUGACCAAAUGUUUGAUUUUAUGUGUUGUUUCUUCGGUCACAAUGAUGCAUCGGUCGAAUGUAUAUUACGUCACGCAGACAUCAGAGUUUUAAAUGAACGGACACAACUGGAAUCGAUCAAUGAACACCAUUGCAAAUUUUCUAUAAUUAUAUCAAAGAAGUAUGAACGAGAUUAUUUUGAGAGAAUAAAAACUGAUUUACAACUUGGAAAACUGACCCAAUGCUUUUGCAAUGCUCAGAUGAAGAAUGACAAUUAUAGAGCUUCAUUUCUCGAAGUAUUGAAGUCAAUAGGCAACGACUCUGUACUUGAUUGCCAUAUUAUACAAGAAAACAUGAUAACAUCGUGUUCAGAAGGAUAUUAUGAUAUAGUGGAAUACUUUAUUUCUACUAAAGUUGAUUUAGAUAAAGGAUAUUCGUACAUUACACCUUUGGUAGCUGCUUGUUGUGGAGGGAACGAGAAGGUUGUAGAUUUACUUAUAGACAAAGGUUGUGAUGUCAACCAAGUUGAUGAUAUGGAAAGGACACCUCUUUCAGCUGCUUGUAUACGUGGACAUAGACAGAUAGUAGAAUUACUAAUACAAAAAGGAGGUGAUGUUAACCAGAGUAAUGGCAAAAGGACACCUCUGACGGCUGCAUGUACAUAUGGGAAUAAGCAAAUAAUAGAGUCACUUAUAAGCAAAGGAGGUGUUGUUAACCAAGUUGAUGGUUUGGGAAGGACACCUCUUGCAGCUGCUUGUUUCUAUGGUUACACAAAAAUAGUACAGUUAAUUUUAGAUAUAAGAUGUGAUGUUAAACAAGUGGAUGGUAUAAGCCAGACACCUUUAACCGCUGCUUGCGAGGGAGGAAAUGAGGGGAUAGUUCAUUUACUGAUGAUAGACAAUACAUGUGAUGUUAACCAGGUUGAUGGUAAUGGGAAGACACCUCUUACAGCUGCUUGUAUCCGUGGAAAUGAACAGAUAGUAAAGUUACUUAUAUACAAAGGAGGGGAUGUUGAUCAGGUGGAUGGUAUUGGACAGACACCUCUAACCGCUGCCUGCGAUGGAGGAAAUGAGAAGAUAGUAAAUUUACUGAUACACACUGGAUGUGAUGUUAAGCAGGUUGAUGGUAAUGGGAGGACACCUCUGACAGCUGCUAAGAGGAAAGGAAAUCAAAAUAUAGUACAGUUGAUUAUCGAUAAAGGCAGUGAUGAUAACAAGGCUAAUGGAAAAAGAGAGACACAUGUAACAGCUGCUGGACGGACAGAAAAUAAACCUAUAGAACAGUUAAAAAUAAAGGAGGUCGGUGGGGUUAACAAGGAUGAUGUAAAGUGGUCGAGGCGAAGGAGGAAAUGCAUUAUAUUAUAA